GGGCAUGCGACUACUUUGACAUAACAAUUUUGCCCUAAAUGAUAAAAACUUGGAUCACCACUGGAAUAAAGGACCGGAUGUAUUUACUAGAUAGCUAUUGUUUAUCUACGUCAAUUUGAAAGUUCAAAAUAAGUAGAAAUAAGUACAUAACUAGAUGGAUUCUGUUUGAUUGACUGACUGGUUUACCCUUCAUUUCCUGCAUUCCCUCGCCCCCUGGUGGACAUUACCAGAUAGCGCUUCUACACCCUCGGUGCUCAUAGAACCAGUUGUCAUGGCAACCGUACAGCACGCGCUCACAAAAACAAGAGCUUGACGGUUCACCGACAGUUAUCUCGACAUUCGACAUCUGCGACGCCAUCUUCCUCGUCCUCCGCUUCCUCUUCUUCCAGCGUUUUGUCAAGAGGAAAGGAAGUGACGAGCAGGCGCUCGCCGGGUUGAAGACGCAGGUGAAGCCGAGACAGACUCGGUCAGCAGCGAUGAGCGGAGCCAAAGCCCGCAGCGACGCGCCUGUUGCUGAAAAUGUCUCCGGCGGCGGGCACGGUUCUGCUGCCCCUACGCGGGACCGCAAGCCCGGCGGAGGCGUCUUGAAGAGGCUCAAGUCCCGGCGAAGCCAGGUGGAGAGCAGGCCCGUGACGGAGGAAGAGCUGCGGACGAGGAGUGGGCACAUGUCUCCGGAGGAUGUUCUGGGACUGCGAGUUGCUACGAGAGGAUACCUCUGUAAACCCGAAGACAACAUUUACAACAUUGACUUUGUACGUUUUAAAAUCAGAGACCUGGAAACCAACACCGUUCUGUUUGAGAUUGCCAAACCUCCACAUUCAGACGACGAUGAGGAGCACAGCGAAGGAGACGGCACGGCGGGUCGAUUUGUUCGCUACCAGUUUACACCGGCUUUCCUGCGACUGAGGACUGUGGGAGCUACGGUGGAGUUCACAGUCGGGAACCGGCCCCUAAACAACUUCCGCAUGAUCGAGAGGCACUACUUUCGCGAUCACCUGCUCAAGAGCUUCGACUUCGACUUCGGCUUCUGCAUCCCAAGCAGCCGUAACACCUGUGAACACAUCUACGAGUUCCCCCAGCUUUCUGAGACCCUGGUUCGUCAGAUGGUGGAGUGUCCUUACGAAACGCGGUCAGACAGUUUCUAUUUUGUCGACAACAGACUGGUCAUGCACAACAAGGCGGACUACGCCUACAACGGAGGACAAUGAUAGCUGGCACCCUUGCAUGCGGCAUCCGCUGCUCACAUCUGUUGACAGACAUGUACACACAUGCAUGCAUAAUGCAGAACAUUCAGCUCAAGCGUUCACCCAUGCACACACUCCUGCAGCCGUGUUCGAGAGGCCUCUCGUGUUUGUAAAGGUUCGACGCCAGUCGUUUGUUUCAUUUUCAGUGCGUUUUAUUUUGCUGGAAGUCGAUGGUAGUCUUGACUCUGACGUACAAAUAGGAAGAAACUCCGUAUUGCUUCAUUUAUCUAGUUUUAAAUAUCGACAGAUCUCUUUGAUACUUAAAAAAAAAAAAAAAGAGGGCUAAUCACUAGUGGCUGUGUAACAUGUGUUUAAAACAGGUCAAACAGCUAUUGGACGGAUAAUGAGACUUCUUUUAAGUGUCCCAGCUACUAUAGAAAUCACACACACACACACACACACUCAAUCCCCAAGUGGCACCCAUAGUGUUUGUCAGAAGCAGCUGUUAUCAGAGCUGCCGCCUCCACAAUCCACUCCAGACAACAUCAGGGGAGAGAGGAGGGGGUGAAAAAGAGAAACCAUCCACAAAAAAACACUCAUGUCAAACACACGCGGUUACUCCUGCAUUCUCCUCUCUGCAUCCCUUUCAUUUCUACACAAAGAGACACGUCCACACUAGUGCCGAGUCUCAUCAAAGGGUUUUUUUUCUUCUUUUAAAUUUAAGCCUGUUUGAUUGUAACAUGAAACAAGAUCAGGUAACAGCUAACUCUGCUUUAAUUCUUAUGAUGACCUGUAAAAAAAAAACUGUUUUAGAUUUUUAAAAAAAAGUAAAAAUCCUUCCUGUUUUACAAAGUGUUGAUAUCAUGAUGCAUGCGAUGAUAUGAUUUAAAUAUAUGUAAUUU